CUCAUUUGCUUUGAAAGAUGGCUGAAGAUUGGGAGGCUGUACCAGCUGUCGCUGAAUCACCAGAGAUCAAACUCUUUGGCAAAUGGAGCACAGAUGAUGUGCAGAUCAACGACAUCUCCCUGCAGGAUUACAUUGCCGUGAAGGAGAAAUAUGCCAAAUACCUCCCUCAUUCCAGCGGCAGAUACGCAGCCAAACGUUUCCGUAAGGCUCAGUGUCCCAUCGUGGAGCGCGUCACUAACUCCAUGAUGAUGCACGGACGCAACAACGGCAAGAAACUGCUGACCGUCCGCAUCGUCAAACACGCCUUUGAGAUCAUCCACCUGCUCACCGGCGAGAAUCCUCUGCAGAUCCUGGUGAACGCCAUCAUCAACAGUGGUCCUCGUGAGGACUCAACUCGUAUCGGACGUGCUGGAACCGUGAGGAGACAGGCUGUUGAUGUGUCACCUCUGCGCAGGGUCAACCAG